AAUGUUUUCUCUCUCACGUCGGAAGCAAAGUCCCACAAAGCCCAGUUCCCGGAACCGUCAUGGCAGAGUGGACACGGGAAAGCACCAAAGAAGGCAAGAACAUACUAGUACCCCAAGGCAACCUCAGCAAGCUGCAUAUCCAUUAUUUUAGUUUUGACCAUGGCUUCUACCAAUACUGCCAAUGAACGAAUCUGGAUGGUGGGUGCGACAACGGCAGCAACAGCAGCAGUUGUUUGGAUCACUGCAAGUUUCUUACGAGAGCGGGAAAAAGACAGCAACAGCAACCAUGAGGAUGUCAUGGCCAACCUAAGUCGAAAAGGGCAACGGGAGGUGACAAAAAAGCUCAAACUGAAGGAAAAGUUUGAACAACAGCAACCAAACGGAGAGAAGCAUAAAUAUGCCAAGGAAAAUGUCAUUCCUCCUGGAAACUUUUCGACACCCAACUGGCUGGUUACCGAUUUGGGAAUUGCGCCUCCCCAACCCUCCGCAGACUGGGAGUUGGAAGUCACCUACAAGGAUCAACGAGUCCAAGUGACACUCGAGGACCUGGAACUAUUAUCUACCUUCCAGAAAAUUGAUGGUGGUGACGGUGGCGGUGUGGCAUGGCACUGCGUCACGGGAUGGAGCAAACUAGGACUGACCUUUUGGGGCGUGCCCAUGAAAGACGUAUUAUCCUUCUUGAAGCUAUCGCCCAGUCAGUCCAAUCAAUGGAAAUGGGCCUAUCAGAGUUGUGCCGAUGGAUAUUCUUGCCCCAUUGAUCGACAAGAUCUAGAAAGCGAGGAUUCCUAUCUCAUCCUUCGGCUCGGAACGGACUCAGAUGCACCCGCGGAAAUAAUUUCUUGGGCUCAUGGUGGGCCCCGAAUCUAUAUCCCAUACUUGUGGGGCUGGAAGAGUGCCAAGUGGAUGACUCGAUUGGAAUUGUUGGACAAUUAUCAACCAGGAUUCUGGGAAAAUAUUACGUGUCAUCCACGAGGACGAGUGUACGACCGUGACACCAAGGAAUACCUAGAAGAACGGUGGGCACAGGGCUACGGCAUCAUUAGCAACAUAUUCGCCGAAAUGGCCAACGUGUAUCACUAUGUGUUUGGUCAUGAAGCCUAUCAAUUUGUCAUGUCCUGGGGUGGAAUCUUGGUAGGAAAGAUUCAGUUUCUCAUCCAAUCACCUCAUCCUUCAUCCUUCUCCAAGAGAUAGGGUGCCCUGAAACAGAGCCAUCUGUGUCAAUUUGCUUCUAUGCCUGCUCCGAACAUUUUCUAUUGAGUGAAGGUGAAAGAAACCCUCCCCCAGGAGAGAGGAAGGUGCAAAAGAGAAGGAAGUUACGAGCUGUAGACUCCUACAAUAUAUACCGUUCUGGCUUUGGAAGCAAAUUACUCUAUGUAUGAGCUUUUCAUUCUUUUCUUUUUGCGAGGGGCUUGGCAAAAGAUGGACAGCCAGCCAUCAAAAGCAAUUGCCACCAUCUGCAUAGCUCAAAUAAUUUGUCGACCAUCUCCUUGGCUAGCACCUUUCAAUUGGCCGUAGUCCUGGCAUUGUUGCUGUGCGGAUUCAAGCCACAAUGCCCAGCAGAUACGCGUACUGGUACUGGUACCUACUCAGCACUUGCAAAGUUGAGGGUGUGCUGCUUGGCGUCUCCCUACGGUACCGGUCUUGGCUCCCCAAGCAAUUUAACAGCUCUACUAGCUAUUAAUAGUACCGGUACCAUGCAGCAACCGGAUCUUUUACUACGUACGUACCAUACCGUACGGUACCGUGCAGUACUGUCUGUACGUGUACUGGUACCGCUUUAACGUCUGUCAGCACCACUGAGUCAAGCUCCUCUCAUUGCCGCUGCCAGCAACUCAGCAACUCAGCAACUCUCAUGGAUCGAGUGAGUCAGUCACUGUGUUUCUCGGUGAAAGCUUUGUUGACCCCAAGCCACCUGCAGUGGCCAAGGACUGUCAUCCAAUACCGCAAAAUACUGUGGUGUCCAGUGGGGUGGAAUCUAUCCGUAGGCGUGGUGAAAGCUGAUGCUGGAGCCAUGAAUCACCGAAGGUGGCUGCGUGGCUCUCGGCUGAUGGAGGUUGGAACGUCAGAAUUAUUUUCGAGCGGUGA